CACCUGCAUGCCUUCUAUACCUCUUUCCUGAUACCAGGCUGUGGAGGAACGUUGACAACUGCUUCUGGAGGGCUGUCGUCUCCCAACUAUCCUCUUCCCUAUCAUCCCAACGCUGAAUGCUACUGGAACAUCAGGACCAGUCAGGGAAGCCUGCUCCAGCUGUCUUUCUCAGCCUUCCACCUGGAAUCCAGCUCUACCUGCGCUUUUGACUAUCUAGCUGUGUACGAUGGGAACAGCAGCAGUUCUGCAGAGCUGGCUAAGCUGUGUGGCUCUGCGCUUCCAGGCCUCAUCAACUCCUCCUCCAAUCAACUCUACAUCAAACUACGCACAGACAGCAGCAUCAACACCGGAGGCUUCCUUGCAUCUUACAGCACCAGGUGUCAUGGCGUGGUCUACUCCCACCGGCACCAGGGAGUGAUCGAGUCGUUGAACUUUCCAAACAACUACCCAGCCAACGGUCUGUGCAGCUGGACCAUCCAGGCCAGCACUGGAAACACAAUCAACUACACCUUCAACGCCUUCCAGCUAGAGGCCACGUCCAGCUGCAGCUUCGACUACAUCAAGCUCUAUAACGGGCCUGAUGAGCAGGCUCCUUUGAUUGGUGCGUUCUGUGGGAACACGCCCCCUCCAGCCAGCAGCACUACAGGCUCCGCCCUAACCGUGGUGUUUAGAAGUGACUCCUCCAUUUCCAUGGCCGGCUUCCAGAUGAUGUGGUACCAGAACGGAUGUGGAGGAGAUCUCCAUGGGCCCAGCGGCUCCAUCAGCAGCCCGGGUUACCCCAACAAGUACCCUGAAAACAGAGAGUGCAUCUGGUACGUCACCACCUCACCUGGAAGCAGCAUCACCAUGACCAUCCACGAGUUUGAUGUGGAGUUCCACGCAGACUGCAACUAUGACGUUCUAGAAGUGUAUGGAGGCCCAGACCUGCAGGCCCCUCGGCUGGCCCAGCUGUGCAGCACCACCUCCAGCCCCAUGCAGGUCUCCAGCACUGGGAACCUGCUCACAGUACGCUUCAAGUCUGAUGCCUACGUCAGCGGCCGAGGAUUCAAUGCCAGCUGGGUGGAGGUCCAGGGAGGCUGUGGAGGCCCAGUCACCGCUCCGGCAGGUGAGAUCCACUCACCGCUGUAUCCGGCCAGCUACCCCAACAACGUGGACUGUUCCUGGGUGAUCAGUGUGGAGGUCAGCCACCGAGUCCUCCUGAACUUCACUGACCUGGACAUUGAAUACCACACAAACUGUACCUGGGAUUAUGUAGAGAUCCAUGAUGGUUCCAGCGCUUCCUUUCCUCUGCUGUCCCGUGUUUGUGGCUCCAGCACUCCUCAACCCAUAACCUCCACCACCAACACCAUCUAUGUCCGAUUUCGGUCCGAUUCUAGCAGAAACCAUCGAGGGUUCAGCGCUAGGUUCUCUGAAGGUAGAGAGGCUCUGCAUUCUGACUCAUUAUCAGCACAACUGAAUAAAUAUGUAUAUGUAUCCUAUACAAACAUCCUCAUCAUGGUGGUCAUGGUUACCGUCCUCAUCAUGGUGGUCAUGGUUACCGUCCUCAUCAUGGUGGUCAUGGUUACCGUCCUCAUCAUGGAGGUCAUGGUUACCGUCCUCAUCAGGAGGGGCAGG